CGCGCACACGCCGCUCCGGGGACAGACGUUUAACUCUUGCCAAGUCUCGCCGCCGCCGCCGCCGCCGCCGCCGCGGCUCGCGGGCCUUGGGCUUCCCCUGAAGCAUGAGCCUCCUCGCCCGCCGCCACUGGCGCAGCGCGGGCCGCGGACAGUGCGCACCCGGGCUCCCGGCGCCGCGUCUCAGGAUCCUCUGUGCCCGCAGUCAAGACAACGGAGGAGCUCGGGCGGGGGCUGGCGGCAGGCAAACUGUGGGUGACCGCGCCUGCGGGGGACUUUGCCAUCUGUCCACCAGGACCUGGGGAGGAAGAACCAGCAGCUCCCCACCCCCUCCCCCUCCACCACCAUUUUGGAUACUCCGCAGGGACGUGUUUUGGGGUUCCCACUGACUUCCAGGAAGGACGCGUGCCCUUCUCUGACCCCUGCGCGGGCGGCCACCAGUGUUUGCCGUGGUGACCCUUUGCCCAUGACCCUGCGGUGCCCCGAGCCCUCCGGGAAUGGCGCGGAAGGGACGCGGAGCCAGUGGGGGACCGCGGGGUCCGCGGAGGAGCCGUCCCCGGAGGCGGCGCGUCUGGCGAAGGCCUUGCGGGAGCUCAGUCAAACAGGUUGGUACUGGGGAAGUAUGACUGUUAAUGAAGCCAAAGAGAAAUUAAAAGAGGCACCAGAAGGAACUUUCUUGAUUAGAGAUAGUUCGCAUUCAGACUACCUACUAACAAUAUCUGUUAAAACAUCAGCUGGACCAACUAAUCUGCGAAUCGACUAUCAAGAUGGGAAAUUCAGAUUGGACUCUAUCAUAUGUGUCAAGUCCAAGCUUAAACAAUUUGACAGUGUGGUUCAUCUGAUCGACUACUACGUUCAGAUGUGCAAGGAUAAGCGGACGGGCCCAGAAGCCCCCCGGAACGGCACUGUUCACCUUUAUCUGACCAAACCGCUCUACACGUCAGCACCGCCUCUGCAGCAUCUCUGCAGACUCACCAUUAACAAAUGCACCGGUGCCAUCUGGGGACUGCCUUUGCCAACAAGACUAAAAGAUUACUUGGAAGAAUAUAAAUUCCAGGUAUAAGUGUUUCUCUUUUUCUAAACAUGCCUCAUAUAGAGUAUCUCCGAAUGCAGCUAUGUAAAAGAGAACCAAAACUUGAGUGACUGCUCUGGAUAACUACACGGAAUUCUAAGAACGGCUGAAUCAAUCUAACCUACAUGUGUGACUAGGUAGCUAGGUCAGGUUCCCUCAAAUAUGUUCACCUGAGAAAUGCUUCCCUGCCUAAGGCUAAGACCAGCUGAUCCUUUUAAGUUAAAUAUUAAAUGUCCCAAGUAAAGGCCGAAGUAAGCUUUUGUUCAGAAUG